AUGAGCAACGAAACCCCAUCCAAAGAAACACCCCAAGAAAUCCUCCAAUACUGGCACAAACCCGGACCCUACGGAAUAAUCACCCGCGCAACCCUCCGCACCCUCCAAUUCACCCUCGCCAUAAUCAUCGCAGCCCUCUACGGCGUCGACCUCUCCCACGCAAGCAAGCACAACCUCCACGGCCCAACAGAAUGGGUCUACGCUGAACUCGUUGCAGCACUAUCCGCAAUAACCUGCCUCAUUCACAUCUCCGUGAGGGUGGUGCACGUGGCAUGGUCAACCUGGGACGGAGUCCUCUUCGUGCUGUGGUUAGCGCAAACAGGCGUUUUCGGAUGUAUCUAUAUCACGAAUGAUAUCCAGGAUCCUUAUCGCGAAUCCACCCGCUCGAUUUCGCGCAUGCGUGCUGCUGUCUGGAUUGAUUUUGUGAAUAUACUUCUUUGGCUUUUGACGACUGUUCUUGGUAUUGCGUGGUGUGUGAGGACGAGAAAGAUUACGAGGAGAUUGGAUCUUGCCAGUCCUGGGAAGCGGGAUGUGGAGGUUUGGGCGGAUGGGGAGUGUGAGAUUGGGCUUGUUUUUUCGGAGUCCAGCCCGUCCGAUGCGAAGGGAGAUGUGAAGGAUUGUAAUGUGAAGGAUCGAGAUGUGGAGGAGUCGAAGGCGGCGUGGGAAGAUGAGAAGAAAGACUUGGCCAAAUAUUGA